AAACAAAGUACAUACAUGGAAAGGUUAAAAUCACAAAGCACUUUUAUUGCUUCUCUACCAGAUCCAACAAUGGAUCAGAACUCAAGUAAAGCACUGAGACCUAAAAUAGUUAUGUAAGUGCAAUCAUUAUUAUGUAAGACCUGCAAUCAUUGUCUUCAUCAAAAGAAGCAAACAGUCUCUGAAUUGAUAGAGAGAAAUAGUGCAUGCUUGAUGCUUCAGCAGGAUAGAGACAGACACAGGUGCAGCUGACAACAACACUCUGCACUUACAUUUGUGUCAAAGCUAACAUAUGGUGUACAUAUGGCAUCUUUAGAAUAGAGUCGAGAUGUGACGUAUUGAUGUGAGGGUUAUUGAGGUCUCAGCAUAGUUGUGGGUUGUUACUCUAAUGAGAUAGAGGGAAGGGGUUAUUGAAAGUCCAUUAAAAUAAAUAAAUACAUAACAUGUCAAUAGUAUUAUUUUCCAAACAGUACCAAGGACAGGCAUAAAGGAAUGUAAUUUCAUUCAGGGAUCAAAUAACUUGAGAUCCAUCUCAUAGUUGCUAAUGUAAUGAGAAUUCAUUUUCUUUCAAAGAUUCUGCCUACUGUCUGUAGAUUUGACUGCCUAUAAACCCCUUUGUAGCGCACAAAAAUAGCAUUGAUAUAAAAUGCAAUCAUAAAGUGCAAUUGAUCGUGGGUUUGAAAUGAUCUCUCGAAUCCUUUACCUUCUCAUUUCGCCUCUUUUCUUCUCCCUUUUAUUCCUUUGGUAGAUGUUUUGCACGUCUAUUUAGGCACAGACACGGUGUGAAUUGAUAGCUUUAGAUUACCCCUUUACAGAGCUGCCUCGGGCAAUAAUAGUCCCUCUCUUCUAAUCUUUGUGUGUAUGAAUGGCAUUGACAAAAGCUUGGCCAAGCUGCUGAGCACAUAAAAACCUAUUAUUUUGUUCACCUGCUGUACAGAGAGAGAUCUAGGGGGUGUUUGUGUGUGUUUGAUUACAAAACUCGAAACUAGUGUUAAUUGAAGUGUUCAGUAUUGGUUGCCUGAGCUAUUUUCACAGGAGAUCAACUUAAAAUGUUGUCUGUGUUUGCAUGCACGUGUGUGUUUGUUACUUUCAAGAUCUGUUCCGCUCUGCAGCUGAGGCAGGACCCCAUGACAUUCUGAAGCUGUACAACCCUAAGGGCAACAUCAUCAACAUCUCCCCGCGCCUGGAGCCCAACAGUCCUAACUCCUGUUAUAAGCUAGAGGUGGUGGCUGCUGACUGCAACAGUGAGCCAUUAGGAGUGGAGCUUGCUGUGGCACUAGGAUUUGACCUCUCCUCCAUGGAGAAAAGACUGCAGGGCUUGGAGAAGAAGAUCCUGAUCGAGGCUGGUGAGACUCCUGCAGUCGUGUACGAGAUGAAGAGACAGGUGGAGUCAUUCCGGGAGAAACUUGAGAGUGUUGAGCAUCUCAGCUGGCUGGGCCUAUUCAAAGAGCUAUCUGAGGGAACACAGAAGCCCUCUCCUUUCUACCACAAGAGAACACUGCGCAAGACCAGAGAGGAAUGUGAACAUGUACGGGAAAAGUUCCUGCAGAUGAGUUCUCUGGAGGUUUCAGAAGAAGUGAGACAGUACCUCAAGACCCCAACUUUUGACAACUGGCAGUGGGAGGAUGCAGAGAUCAUGGUUCUACUGCAGGUCAUGUACACAGACCUGGACUUCAUUGCCACCUUUAACAUAGAGCCUGAGGUGCUGCACAAGUUCCUGUAUGAGGUGUACAAACGCUACAACAACAUCCCCUUCCACAACUUCAAACACUGCUUCUGUGUCACCCAGAUGAUGUAUGGGCUGAUCUGGCUGACGGACCUGAAAAGUAAGAUUGACAGCAUUGACCUGCUCACCAUGCUGACCUCUGCAGUCUGUCACGACCUUGAUCACACGGGAUACAACAAUGCUUACCAGAUAAAUGCUCGUACAGAACUGGCCCUGCGCUACAAUGACAUUUCCCCCCUUGAGAACCACCACUGUGCUGUGGCUUUUGAGAUCCUGGAGAAGAAUGAAAACAACAUUUUCAGAAAUCUGACAACUGAACAGUAUAAACGGAUAAGAGAGGGCAUAAUCAAAUGCAUCCUGGCCACUGAUAUGACGAGACAUAAUGAGAUCCUGAACAAAUUCAAGUCCAUCCUGCUUGUCUUUGACUUCAGCAACAAGGACCACAGAGAUGUGCUGAUGAUGAUCAUGAUCAAAGUGAGUGACAUCUCCAACGAAGCACGGCCUAUGGAUGUGGCUGAACCCUGGUUAGACUGCCUCCUGCAGGAGUUCUACAACCAGAGUGACAAGGAGAAGCUGGAGGGUCUUCCUGUCACCCCGUUCAUGGACAGGGACAAGGUGACCAAGCCAUCCUCUCAGACAGGCUUCAUUGGCUUCGUCCUCUUACCCCUCUUCAUUGAGCUGGCUAACCUUUUCCCCUGCCUGGAGCAGCACAUCAUAGACCCGGUGCGUAAGGCCCUGGACUACUACACAGAGAUGGAGAAAGCCCUAGAGAGAGAGAAACUGAUCCGAGCACAAAGCGACAAGGCAGCUGCAGCCAAGAACACGACACCCCAGAACUUACAGAACCCUCAGAAAACAGCAAAUAGUCUGUCAGAGGCUGGGAAUGCCUUGAAACCACCCACUCUGUGAUGGCAAGCACUUAUAUGGUUCCUUUGGUCUUUGUAGAGACAAGGUAUUCACUAUGUCGUGUUACAGGAGUUGUCUGCUGUGUUUUGCUACAAAUGUUUUUCACUGCAUAUAUUCAGUUUUCAAAAUAUUUGCAUAUGAAUAAUGGUUAAUUAUACAAUAUGACAUACAAGACAUACGAAGAAUCAGUGUGCAGUUAUGUUUUGUAUUAGUGAUAUGCUUAAACGAAAGACCAGAAGAGCUAUUGUCUAACUGAAAAAUGGGGAUAAAGCUUAGUGGAUUUGUCUUCACUGAAAAUCUGGACUAUGGUUGUCAUCUAGUGGACAUGGGAUGUUUUUCAUAUUGAUAAUGUAGAAAAAAGGACAGAAAUAACAGAUAUUAUAUUAAAUAUGUUUUUGCAUGUAUUGUACUUUUAGAUUUAAGUGUUCUAUUUGGAGACAAAUAAAUGAACACAACAAACAAA